CCGCUGCACACAGACUGUUGGCCUGGAGGGAGCCUCUUCUGUCCUGGAGACCCGGUCCCCGUCGGUCAUGUCCCUGCAGUGCCAGCACCCGCCCUCCUGAGCCUGCUGGCGCAAGCGGUCCGCGCCGGUCCCCAGCCUCAACGCAGGCGCCGGACCUUUGGCCCGGACGCGGCCUCGGUGUCCUCGCCGGCCUCGGGCCGGGUCUCCGAGUCCCCGUCCGCUGCCCGCCCAUCCGCUAUGCUGGCGCGGGUGCUGCUGCUGGCCGCGCUGGCCGCCCUGGCGCUGGCCCGGGAGCCCCAGGCGGCCCCGUGCCCCGCGCGCUGCGAUGUGUCGCGGUGCCCAAGCCCCCGCUGCCCCGGCGGCUACGUGCCCGAUCUCUGCAACUGCUGCCUGGUGUGCGCCGCCAGCGAGAGCGAGCCCUGCGGCGGGCCCCUGGACUCACCGUGCGGGGACAGCCUGGAGUGCGUGCGCGGCGUGUGUCGCUGCCGCUGGGCGCACGCGGUGUGCGGCACCGACGGGCACACCUAUGCCAACGUGUGCGCACUACAGGCGGCCAGCCGGCGGUCGCUGCAGGUCUCUGGGUCGCCGGUGCGCCAGCUGCAGAAGGGGGCCUGCCCAUUGGGUCUCCACAAGCUGAGCAGCCCGAGGUACAAGUUCAACUUCAUUGCCGACGUGGUGGAGAAGAUCGCGCCAGCGGUGGUCCACAUUGAGCUCUUCCUGAGACACCCGCUGUUUGGCCGCAACGUGCCGCUGUCCAGCGGCUCCGGCUUCAUCAUGUCGGAGGCUGGCCUGAUCCUCACCAACGCCCACGUGGUGUCCAGCUCCAACGCCGUCUCGGGCCGGCAGCAGCUCAAGGUGCAGCUGCAGAACGGGGACACCUACGAGGCCACCAUCAAGGACAUAGACAAGAAGUCGGACAUCGCCACCAUCAAGAUCUACCCCCACAAAAAGCUCCCAGCGCUGCUACUGGGCCGCUCGGCAGACCUGCGGCCCGGCGAGUUCGUGGUGGCCAUCGGCAGCCCCUUCGCCCUGCAGAACACCGUGACCACAGGCAUCGUCAGCACGGCCCAGCGGGACGGCAGGGAGCUGGGCCUCCGGGACUCGGACAUGGACUACGUCCAGACGGACGCCAUCAUCAACUACGGGAACUCCGGGGGACCGCUGGUGAACUUGGAUGGCGAGGUCAUCGGCAUCAACACCCUCAAGGUCACAGCCGGCAUCUCCUUCGCCAUCCCCUCGGACCGCAUCAUGCAGUUCCUCACAGAGUUCCAGGACAAGCAAGUCAAAGACUGGAAGAAGCGCUUCAUUGGCAUACGGAUGAGGACCAUCACGCCCAGUCUGGUGGAGGAGCUGAAGGCCGGCAACCCGGACUUCCCGGACGUCAGCAGUGGUAUCUACGUGCAAGAGGUCGCUCCGAAUUCUCCGUCCCAGAGAGGGGGCAUCCAAGACGGCGACAUCAUCGUCAAGGUCAACGGGCGCCCGCUGACGGACUCCAGCGAGCUGCAGGAGGCCGUGCUGACCGAGUCCCCGCUGCUGCUGGAGGUGCGGCGGGGGAACGAUGACCUCCUCUUCAACAUCGCGCCCGAGGUGGUCCUGUGAAGCCGGGGCCGCUGCCGCCGCCCCACCGCCAAGCACCCGGGCCUGUGGCCGAAGACAGGUGCCAGCCGAGGGGCUCCCCCAGGAGCCGGAGCCUGGGCAGGGCCAGGACGAGGGACCGGAGUCGGUCCUCAGCAGAGCCAGUGGCCUCCUCUCUCGCCCCCAAGGACAGAGCCACAGUCUGGGCCCCGCCAGGGGUCCAAACUCAGCCUCAGGGAGUGACAGCUCCCGAACCAUGGAGCCGUGGGGGCAGCUCGAGGUCCCCCACGUACAGAUGCCCCCAGGAGCCACCUUCCACAUUCUCUGGAUAACACAUGAGCCCAAUUCUUGGAGAGACACCUCUGUCGUCCCUGAAGUCCACCCUCUCCCCCCUACCCACCCCUUCUCCUGUGUUUGCAUCAUGUGUCUCUGUCUGGCCAGAGCUCCCUGCUCUCAAGCCUCCCUGGCUGGGCGGGCCUGGCCUGGAGCAGGCACUGGAGGGACACCCCCUGGCUGCCCAGCAGGGCCUCCCAGCUGGCGGUGUGCACCCCUCCCCCAUGGGAGAGAAGGCAGCAGGAGCCCCGUGUGCCGACACUCUCUGGAAGGAUGCUUGUCCUCCUGGGGGUGAUCCGGAGUGGUGGGCAGAGGAAGUUGGUACCUGGGGGGUGGGGCUGCCAAGAUGGAGCCCUCGGGAGCCGCAGCAGCAGCUGGGGGCACCUGUUCUGGCCCUGGGCGUAUCUGUGCGCUUCGCUGUACAAUCGACCCCUACGUGGCUUGUAUUGUGUUUCUCUACUGUAUGAAAAUUAAAGUUUACAAGCACA